UGAGGGCGUGUGUUGAGAGUGUGUGAGGUGCUUUUUGAGUUUAGUAAAUGACUGCAGCAAGAAAUACUGUGCGGCUGAGGGGUUUAUGAGCGAUGGAACAGGCUCUGUGUGCCCAAAUAUCAACGUUUGGGCUUUUCCGACGAGGAUUCAAGAAAAACCUUGAAACCUAAAAUGAGCAGCGUCUCCUAACUGGACCAGACAAUGGAAGUAGCUUCAUGCAGCAAUAACAAUUCACCCCUGGGAAACAAGAACGCACUAAAUCAGACUACCUCAGCCAGAGGUAGCUAAAACUAACGCGUGGCUCGAAAGCGGCACAUUUCUUCAUUGGGAUGCGCGUAAAAAGGCGCGCGGAGGAAAAGAGCAGACGCGUAUUUUCCCAAUGACUUUGGAGACAUUCCGGCGCUCCGAGGAGAUAUCGUGCAUAGUUUCGGUUGCUUUGAAUGUUUGCGAUGGAGCGUCUUUGAAUAGUCUUGCAUCUAAUGCUGCUAUGGGUCGUCGGGAAUGAACAUCUGAAUUGGUCUCAUCGAGUUGUUUUUUCCACAACGCUGUUUCUUCCACCUGCAAAUUCCGCAACCCGCGUGAAACAGGCGCUCCGCUUCACCUGCACAGCCUCUGUCGGGAAGAUGACCAGCUCGUCUGCAUGCUCUUGAGAUUUGUUUGGCCUUUCUGGGAAUCCGAAACAAGCAAAGGACGAAUUGUUCACCUCAGAAGUGAGAGAAGAAGGAAUUGUAGGGUGCAACUACAUCCACUCAUCUCCAACCUGACACAAUGUUCGCACUCGGGAUUUAUUUGUGGGAAACUAUUGUAUUUUUCAGCUUGGCAGCGUCCCAACAAGCAGCAGCUCGGAAAGCUGCCACCCCAAUGCCUCCGUCAGAAUUCCUGGACAAGCUUAUGGGAAAAGUGUCCGGUUAUGAUGCAAGAAUCAGACCUAAUUUCAAAGACCCACAAGGCUCCAAAUCUGAUGGUACUCACAAGAAAGGUCCACCUGUGAACGUAACAUGCAACAUUUUUAUUAACAGUUUUGGAUCCAUUGCUGAAACAACAAUGGAUUACAGAGUGAACAUUUUCCUGAGACAGCAGUGGAAUGACCCUCGGCUGGCCUACAGCGAGUAUCCCGAUGACUCCCUUGACCUUGAUCCCUCCAUGUUGGACUCCAUUUGGAAACCCGAUCUGUUCUUUGCCAAUGAAAAGGGAGCCAAUUUCCACGAGGUUACUACUGACAACAAGCUUUUGAGGAUCUCUAAAAACGGGAAUGUUUUGUACAGUAUAAGAAUAACACUGAUUCUGGCCUGCCCCAUGGACCUGAAGAAUUUCCCUAUGGAUGUGCAGACCUGUAUAAUGCAGCUGGAGAGCUGUAAGUAUGCCCUGAUCCUUUCAGCCAGAUGGAGAGGAUUUAUUCAGUGGUGCAGAGAUGGAUGUUGUACUGGCUGGCACCAGCAGAUGAAGAGGAAGUUCACCUGCAUAGAGGCUCGUUUCCACCUGGAGAGACAGAUGGGCUAUUAUCUGAUCCAGAUGUACAUUCCCAGUCUUCUGAUCGUCAUUUUGUCUUGGGUGUCCUUCUGGAUCAACAUGGACGCUGCCCCUGCUCGUGUAGGCUUGGGCAUCACUACUGUGCUGACCAUGACCACCCAGAGCUCAGGAUCUAGAGCUUCUCUUCCCAAGGUCUCGUAUGUGAAAGCCAUUGACAUUUGGAUGGCAGUGUGCCUUCUCUUUGUCUUCUCUGCUCUGCUGGAGUAUGCGGCCGUCAACUUCAUUGCACGCCAACACAAGGAGCUGCUGCGCUUCCAGAGGAGGAGAAGGCAUCUUAAGGAGGACGAGGCGGGAGACGGCCGGUUCAGCUUCGCCGCCUACGGCAUGGGUCCGGCGUGCCUCCAGGCCAAAGAUGGCGUGGCCAUCAAGGGCAACAACAACAACGCGCCCACCUCCACCAACCCCCCUGAGAAGAGCGUGGAGGAAAUGCGCAAGCUCUUCAUAAGCCGCGCCAAACGGAUCGACACGGUGUCGCGCGUGGCCUUUCCACUGGUCUUCCUAAUUUUUAACAUUUUCUACUGGAUCAUUUACAAGAUAAUACGCAGUGAGGAUGUUCACAAGCAGUAAAGAGAUGCAAAUCCAGCCGCCUCCACGCCCCUCCCCACGUCCCACCGUGCCCGCCUUCCUCUCACUGCAGCACUCUCACUCGCUUACGGUGAUGACUAGUCCCCGGAAGAGGUAUUUAUUCCUUUUUUUCGUCUCUUUCUCUCCUGUCCUCCUGAAUAAUCCGGACCUGUGCAAUAGCAAUGCAGUAAAAUGCAUGAUAUAUGAAUGUGGCAAUAUAUUUACUAA